UCUGGCUGAUAUGGGACCAAACAGGUGUAUAUAAACCCUGUUCAGAUCCAAGCUGAGUUGUAUCCAUCCAGGAGAGCUGUGUAUGCAGGAGGGAUCAUGAAGUGUCUUGUUGCUGUUCUGGUCUGUGUGGUGCUCGCAGAGGGACUUGUCAGGAUCCCUCUGCGGAAGCACAAGUCUAUGCGCGAGGUCCUGAGAGAGAAAGGGAUCGAACUGCCUUACCAGGAUCCAGCUCUCAAGUACCAUCCCAAUGAGUUCGCUGGCUCUGCCUACAUGUACAUCAACAACUACGCUGAUACCACCUACUAUGGAGCCAUCACCAUUGGGACACCCCCCCAGUCUUUCGAGGUGCUGUUUGACACCGGCUCUUCCAACCUGUGGGUAAACUCCAUCUACUGUAACACUCAGGCCUGCGACACACACAAAAAGUUCAACCCCCAGCAGUCUUCCACCUUCAGUGGCACUCGUCAGUCCUUCUUUCUGCCGUACGGAGCUGGAAGCCUGUAUGGAGUCUUUGGAUACGACACCGUCAAUGUUGGCGGGAUCGUGAUCAAUAACCAGGAGGUUGGACUGAGCACAGACGAGCCUGGACAGACCUUCGCUGUGGUCAAGUUUAACGGCAUCCUGGGCCUGUCCUACCCCGCAAUCUCAGCUGGUGGACAGACCCCUGUCAUGGACAACAUGAUGUCUCAAAACCUGCUGAGCACCAACAUAUUUGCUUUCUACCUGUCUAGGGGAGGACAGCAGGGCAGUGAGCUCUCUUUUGGAGGAGUGGACAACAGCUUGUUCCAGGGACAGAUCCACUGGACCCCUGUCACCUCUGAGACCUUCUGGCAGAUCGGCAUUCAAGGAUUCCAGAUCGAUGGUCACGAGACUGGCUGGUGCUCUCAGGGCUGCCAGUCCGUUGUGGACACUGGAACCUCCACACUGACAGCCCCAGGAAACCUUCUGGGUGACCUCAUGCAGGAAAUUGGAGCCCAGCAGAGCCAGUAUGGAAUGUAUACGGUGGACUGCAGCCAAGUCAACAACCUGCCUACUCUCACCUUUGUUAUCAGUGGCGUUUCCUUCCCUCUGCCUCCUUCUGCUUACAUCAUCCAUCAUGGAUACAAUGACUGCGUAGUGGGCAUCACGCCCACCAACCUGGCCCCUCGUGAAGGCGAGCCGGUUUGGAUCUUUGGAGACGUGUUCCUCAGAGAGUACUACUCCGUCUAUGACCGCACCAACAACCGCGUCGGUUUUGCAACAGCUGCCUAAGUGUCAUCAGUGUAACCUAACCUGACCAUAAACCUGAUCAGAUAAUAAUGAUUACGUUUGUGUCCACUCAAACACCGGUAAGAACCUGAGGCGCUGGUACAUCUCAAACAUCUGCCGUCGUCUGGGCAAUAUGGGUUUAACUGCAAUUAACAUAUUGUCACUGUCAAUUUACAGUAAAAAAAUAUUGUUAUACAUGUCUAUUAAAUACUGACGAACUACUGUAGUUGGAACUGUAUAUUCAAUAAAAAAAAAGUUAGAUGUG